GAGGCAACUGUGCAUCCGCUAUUUCUAGCAUUUUCUAAUUUACCGUGUGAAAUUCUACGGAGACACUGUUAGAUUACACGCUUUGUUCACAAUUUGGAUAUAUUUUGGAGAAAAUUCUGAAUUUUCCCGUAGAAAAUGGCUAAGUGGGGAAAAGGAGAUCCUCGCUGGAUUGUGGAGGAACGAGCAGAUGCUACAAACGUGAAUAACUGGCACUGGACAGAGAAGAAUGCAUCAAAGUGGUCAACGGAUAAACUGACUGAAUUGUUUACAAAUAUCAAGGUGGAAGAUGAAAGAGGUCAGUGUGAGCUUUAUGAAGUGAAGGAAAUCACUGGUGAAGCCUCUGCCAGCAACCGCAAGGCAAAACUUAUCUUCUUUUAUGAAUGGGUUAUCAAGUUGAAAUGGAAAGGUACUCUAAAGGACUGCACCACUGAAUUAGAAGGGACUGUGACGAUGCCCAACCUAAGUGAUGAAAAUGGAGUGGACGAUGUGGAUAUUGAAAUCUCCACAAACACAGCAACACCAGAAUCUCACACUCUUAGAGAGGUCAUGAAGAGCAAAGGAGUUCCAGUCCUUCGACAAAAGAUUGGAGAAUAUACUCAGGCACUUAAAAAAGAAUUCAGCCAAGGGAUGAUUCUACCAUCUAAAACACAGGACAGCUCACCAGUGAAUGCCAGUAAUGUCAAGAAAGCUUCAUUACCUGAUCCCAUUCCUGUCAAGAAACCAGACAAUGGAGUCAGCACAACACAGAUGAAAGGACUGAGCCUCGGAGUCAAAAUAGAAACCUGCCAACUGGAAUUAACACAAGAAUUCAAAUGUGAAGCUGCUAUGCUCUAUUUGGCAUUUACUGAUGUUGAACGGUUACAAGCCUUCACCCAUGCUAAAGCUACAGUGAAUGCAGAAGCUGGAGGAAAAUUCACCAUGUUAGAUGGCAACAUCUCCGGAGAAUUUGUUUCAUUAGAACCCCAUUCUAAGAUUGUCAUGCAGUGGAGAUUCAAAUCAUGGGAUGAAGGACACCAUUCACUAGUAACACUGCAGUUCAACCAGAAAUCUGACUGCACUGAACUCCUCCUCACCCAGAAGGGCAUUCCCAAGGCAGACUUUGAGCGCACCAGGCACGGCUGGAACUCCGUCUUCUUCCAGAGGAUCAAAGGCACCUUUGGGUUCGGCGCCUCGCUCUUCUGACGUCAGAGCAACGGCUGGACACUUGCGGAUGCUUUUUCAUGGAGAACAUUGAGUACAGUGCCCCUGUUUGUUCUAGCCGUGGUCCUGUUCAAGAGAUACGCCCUUAAUCCUCAGCGAUGAGAUGACCCAAUGACCUUGAUCCUGUGUCCGUAACUGAUAAGAGUCUCCUUGAAGAUGCGUGGGGACCGCCGUGUAGGAUCGUGCUAUUUUUACCCUGUAAAUCAUAACCUGGAUUGUGCAAGUACAGUAGUUCAUUUUGUGAUUUUGAAUUUAUAGCUGUGCACAUUUAAUCAAGCUAUUGAAAUUGUAAAAUGAAAUGCCUGUAUAAAAAACUUUUUUUUUCAUUAUCAGACAUAGAAAAGGUCCUUAUUGAGUCAUUUGUUUGGUUCUUUUUACAAUUGUGUACAUCUUCAUCUGUGGUGCUUGUAUUAAAAGUAGGGAUAAUCACUUUUUUUUGUUAUUACCUAUAAAGAGUUACCGUAAUAUUAUUGAAUAUUUUGUUCGGAUUAUUAUAUGAAUAAAUCAGAUAUUGCAGAUAACCUGGUUCCCUCCAAAAAAAAUAGUAUUCAAAAGCACCAUGCAAAUUUGUUAUGCAAGUUAUAAAUUUACAAGUCUAAAGAAUGUGAACUAGAUCAUCAUUUGUAAUGAAAUACAUGAUUCAUGCUUGGUUAAUUUGACUUUCAAUGGAGAGGUUGAGAGUUCAUUGCUCAUCUUCUCAGAGUUGAGAGUUCAUGAAUUAAUUCACAAGACAAGUUUCAGGGUAAUUACUGGACAAAAUAUUAUCCUGAAACUCUGAUAUGGUACAAAUAUUGCAAAAUGAAAUUACUUAAAACUUAUAUUUGAUAUGUAAUUCACUUAAAAUUCUGUCAAGCUCCCCCUUUAUAGGGCCGAUGACAACUGCUGAAAUUGAAGCCAGUGUAAUUAUUUCCAAAGCUCAUGAUACUUAUCACUAAUCAGAGUACAUUUAUAUAAAAAACAAAACAAAUGAAUAAUCUUCUAAAUGGAAAUACCGUAGGUCCAUUAUUCUUAGGUAGUGAAUGUGUUCAGAACUUCAAAUUCAGUGCCAAUAUAAUUGGCCAUGGACAAUCAUCAUUGUAUUUAUUUAAUAUAAUAUACAGUGCUGAUUAAAUGUAAUAUACGUUUAUUUAUUCAGCAAACCAUUUCUCAGGUCAGAUCUGCAUUGUUUUCGAACAAAAGAUUACUUUUGAGGCAUGAAAGUUUCAUUGAAAAAUGGAAGGAAAAAAACUUUGGAACAGUUUUUUUUUCAUAUUCUCUAUGCUCAUUAGCAUAUUUGUAUUCUUUUGCAACCUCACUUUUUUUUCCUCUUUUGAAUCGUGUGUUUUCUAUCUCUCCUUAACAUACCAUUAAAUUAAAGGGAAUGAAACGCUGUGGAUUGCAUGUCCAAGAUUAAUGGGUUAAAUAUUCACACAAAAUGUAAGUAAAUUACUAAAGCACUGCAUAUAUGCUUUAUCCAGCACUCUUUUUGUUGUUGUCAUUUCUUGUAAUUUGGAAGGAAAUAUGCUGGGGUAUAGAUCUCUCGAUUGCAUGGGUUCUGUAUGCAACUUGUACAUGUAUACAUCCAAGGAAAUGUAUUAAUGUACUGCACACCAAGAUCUGUAUAACAUGUACUUAUUAAUUCAAAGCCUUCCUAUAUCAAGAAAUAUGUCAAUGAUGAGAAUAUGAAAUGAACCUAUGGUAAAAUAAACUUUACUAGCAAUGAUACGAGAGUUGCAUAGUCUGUAAAUUACACAUCUUUAGAGAUAACGACAUAUAUUGAGUAAAUAUAAUUUGAGUGACAUGUAUAUGCAUAUGUUCAUGUAUUGCAAGUCCAAAGCCUAAAAUUAUUGCAUUAUAAUUGUAUCAAUGUAUCAUGACAGAGAUAUCUGUAUGUCUUAAUAAAUAUGAAUUGUCAAAAGUAAA